AUGGCGGAACCCCCGCCCAAACUCCGGGCAGCCGCCGCGACGUCAUGGCCGGAGCUGCUCGCGCCAUUCGACCUCUCUCGCCUCCGAAGCACGCUCUCCUCCCGCCCGCUCACCCCGCACCGUCUCGGGCGCCUCCUCGCGCUGCCGCUGUCCCCGGCCACCUCCCUCCUCCUCCUCCAGUGGUACGCCGCCUCCCAACCCGUCCUCUCGUCGCACCCCCUCCGGCCCUUGCUCGCCGCCGCCGACGCAGACCCAGAGCGCGCGCUCUCCCUCCUUGAAUCCCUCCCCUCCUCUCGCCACCCCCCUCUCCGGGAGACCCUCCUCAUACCGCUCCUGCGCUCCUUGCCCCCUGGCCGCGCCCUCCACCUGCUCGACCAGUUGCCCAGCCGAUUCGCCGUCUCGCCGUACUUCCGCUCGUACAACACCGUCCUCGCGGCACUGGCCAGGGCGAACUGCCACGCCGAUGUGCUCACGCUCUACCGCCGGAUGGUCCACCGGGACCGCAUCCCACCCACCACCUUCACCUUCGGUGUCGCUGCGCGCGCGCUCUGCCGCCUCGGGCGCGCUGAUGAGGCGCUCGCGAUGCUCCGCAGCAUGGCGCGGCAUGGGUGCGUGCCCGAUGUGAUGCUCUAUCAGACGGUCAUCCACGCUCUGUGUGCCCAGGGUGAGGUCGCCGAGGCUACCACGCUCCUCGACGAGAUGUUCCUCAUGGGGUGCUCUGCUGAUGUCAACACGUUCAAUGACAUUGUGCACGGGCUAUGCAUGCUUGGGCGUCUCCGCGAUGCUGCGAGGCUUGUGGACAGGAUGAUGAUAAGAGGCUGUGUGCCAAACACCAUGACAUACGGGUUCCUUAUCCAGGGCCUGUGCCGAGCAAGGCAGGUGGAUGAGGCACGCACAAUGCUCGGGAGGGUGCCAGAGUUGAAUGUCGUGUUAUUUAACACGGUGAUUGGCGGGUGUCUUUUGGAUGGGAAGCUAACAGAGGCGAUGGAGCUGUAUGAGAUAAUGGGAUCAAAAGGCUGCCCACCAGAUGCACACACUUACAGUAUAUUGAUACAUGGGCUUUGCAAGCUUGGGAGGCUUGGUUCGGCCAUGCGGUUGCUUAGAGAGAUGGAGGAUAAGGGUUGUGCUCCAAACAUAGUAACCUACACGAUCUUGCUGCAUGGUUUUUGCAGGAAUGGCAUGUGGGAUGACAUGAGAGCAACACUGAAGGUAAUGUUGGCAAAUGGCUUGAGUCUGAAUUUGCAAGGAUACAAUGGAAUGAUUUAUGCUGUAUGUAAGGAAGGCAGGAUGGAUGACGCGAUGUCACUCAUGCAAGAGAUGAAGAGUGAAGGUUGCAAGCCUGAUAUCUGCACAUAUAAUACAAUAAUUUAUCAUCUCUGCAACAAUGGCCAGAUCGAGGAGGCUGUGUAUCUAUUUGAAAAUUUGGUUGACGAGGGUGUUGUUGCGAAUAGAAUAACUUAUAAUACACUCAUUCAUGCACUGUUGUGCAAAGGAAGUUUGCAGGAUGCCAUACGGCUUGCAAAUGAAAUGGUACUUCAUGGUUGUUCACUUGAUGUUGUUAGCUAUAAUGGUCUGAUUAAAGCCCUGUGCAAAGAUGGGAAUGUGGAUCGGAGCAUGGUGUUGCUCGCGGAAAUGAUAGAAAAGGGAAUUAAGCCAAAUAACAUUUCAUACAACCUCUUGAUUAGUGAGCUCUGCAAGACAAGAAGGGUGCGUGAUGCACUAGAGCUCUCGAAGGAGAUGUUAAACCAAGGGCUUAGUCCUGACAUUGUCACAUACAACACACUCAUAAAUGGAUUGUGCAAAAUGGGAUGGAUGCAUGCUGCGCUGAAUCUCCUAGAGAAGUUACAUUCUGAAAAUGUGCAUGCAGAUACUAUUACAUACAAUAUCCUCAUUAGUUGGCACUGCAAAGCGAGAUUGCUUGAUGACGCUAAUAUGCUUCUAAACAGAGCAGUGACUGUUGGGAUAACACCUAACGAGCGCACUUGGGGAAUUAUGGUGCAAAAUUUUGUCAGACAGCCACUCAAUUUUUUAUCCGACGAGGUUGAAGGGCAUUAA